UGGAUUAGGCCAUCACACAAUCUCAGGCUCAACAUUGAUUCGCUUAGCCCUUGUUUGGCAAUACAAAUAUGUCAUCUUCUUUAGGUGAGACUCAGCAGGUUGACAAACAUAGAUCUUACUUGAAUGGAGAGGGAGAGAAGAACACAAAGUGGAGGUUUGGUGUUCCCCCUAACUAUGAUGUUGUCAACAAGCUCUUUGAAGAAGGUAGAACAAAGAUUUGGCCUCAGGGUUCACUUGAGGAAAAAGUGCAGAACCUUCUCAAGUCAUGGGAAAUGGAGAUGUUUCAUAAGGCAUCUUUUGAUGACUUCAAAACCAUGGACCCAAGGAAGUACACUUUCAGUCUCAAUGGGCGAAAACCGAUAACCCUGGAAGAAAUAGUGCAAAAGCUUGGGGGAGGGUACAACCCACUACUGCAGACCUCCUUGCCAGAGGAGUUCCAGUUGUACAACAUAGCCGAGGAAACUGCAGAGUCAUCGCACCAGGUCUUCACGACAACUUUCCCACGAGGAUUUGCCAUAGAGGUUCUUCAAGUUUAUUCGGGGCCACCGGUGAUUGUAUUCAAGUUUAGGCACUGGGGAUUCAUGGAGGGUCCCUUUAAAGGGUAUGCCCCAACUGGUGAAAAGAUAGAAUUGUAUGGCAUGGCCAUUUUUGAGUUAAAUGAAGAAUCGAAGGUCGUGAAGGUAGAGUUCUUCUAUGAUCGCGGAGAAUUGCUCGGAGGUCUUGUGAAGGGUGGCCACGGUGGUGCCUCCGAUAGUUCCACAAAUGAGAUGCUUUCAAGCUGCCCUUUCAUGAAGAGCACUGGGUAAUAAUGUGUGUGAUGGUUCUUGUGAAGUUUCUUACAAGACAAAGUCAAAAAUUUCACUUUUCGAUGGAUGUAUCUUUCAUGUCUUUUUUUUAAGCUUGUUUUCCCUCUAAUAAUGGGUAUAAAUAAAUGAGUAGUUCUAAGAGUUUGGGUCACUGGUUUUACCACACUGUAGUAGUAAUCACCAGAAAAAUAGAUGAAAUGAAGAACGUUGUAUUUUACUUU